CGAAGUUAAAGCUAGCAUUUUUCAUGAACAUUUGUCAAAGUGGUGGGAAACUCUAUGGUCGGAAAUCAAUACCGAGCGUCUCGUUUAAACGUCCGCGUUGUCUGCAGACGCGCGUUGUCGGUAUACGCGCGUUCGCUUCUGGCGGAUUUAGACGCGUAACCGCCAGACGGAGCGCCAUAUUGGCCAAUGCUUCUACUGCUUCUACAACGAGGAGGCGCAGGUCGACCGCGUUCGUCUGAUUGCCAGAGCAUCCGGAAAGUGAAUGCACCCCACUGCCUGUUUGCAGCUUCGCUGAGACAUCAUGUCGAAGCCGGUGGGAAUAAAAGCGGAGUCCUCGUCUCAGGUUUCAGAUGAGCCCCUGUGCGAGGAGCCACCAGACAUCGAUUGUGUUGCCCAUAGACGGGAGCCAGACGCACACGAAGUGUGGAGUCUCUCGGAGGAGGCACCUGCCGCUCAGGCUGCCUCCAAGGUGAAAAUGGAGCUUCUAUGUGACAAAAAUGAUGCCAACGUCCACCGAAUGUCCCUGCUAGCCGACGAGCACUGCCAACUCUUGGCUCAGCGGGAAGCGUUGGAGGAUGAGUGCAGGCAGAAGAAGGAGGAGCAUAGGCGGCUCGUAGAGUACCUGCGGAGACUUGCCGGCCAACUGUGCAACAAGUAUGACUUCAGCAACAUGACGGCGACAGAAUUGACCAAUGGCAUCAGUAUCAUGGUGGACCACCUAUCGCAUGAAUAUGAGCUACUUAGUAGGAAAUACCAAUCCCUAUGGAAGGAAAGGGAAUCCUGGGACCAGACAAAAGUCGACGCUUUAUCAGCAGAAAGAGACGCGAUCAUGGCAGAUAACGAAGGACUAAGAAGAAAGCUGAAGGACUACGACGACCUCCAGGACGAAUGCCGAGUCCUCAGCGAAGGAGUUGAAAACUUCGUGGCGCUUACCGCAGAAAAGGACAGAGAGCUGGCCAUUGCCCAAGAACAGAUCACAUCUUUGAACAGGGAGUCCUUGGCUACAGCCGGCAGUUCUGCAGAAGAUUGCCGCCGAGAAGCCGCCGUGAUCCACGAAAAAGACAGCGUGAUAAUGGAUCUUCGAGAGAAGCUCAAGGCGGCGGAAGAGAAGCUGGCUGGAUUGCAGCACGUGUCCGGGAGACUGCAGCCAUGCACAAUGGCGGUUGCCGUCGCAGAGGCUCCAAGUGGCGCCGUUCGGGACUUGGGGCACCCCGUCACCAGCCUUGCAACCAGCCAGGAAGAGCAACUGCAGCAAAACACAAACAUGAGUUCCAGAACGCAGAUGGAACGCACCCUGGGGGAUGUGCAGCCAGUUCAGCUCGAACACAGUACUGAACAAACAAAAAUUUCGCAACUGGCCAUUGAAGAACACAGCAGUGCAUCCUUAGUAGCAAUCAUCAUGGAUGCAACCCCGUUAACUGGCGCCAGACCAAGGAGCCUUGAAACACAACGCAUGGCAUUACUGGCAUUGUCGCCAUCUGCUCAAGUGGACAGUAGUGUUAGAUCAGCUGACGUGUCGCUGGUGAAUCCUCCCGAAGCUACGGCAGCCGAAGCCAAUGAGGAGGCAGAGGACGCAUACUCUACUAUGGAUGAGGAUGAGGAACUACCCUCAAGCGAUCACGGCACGGUGCCCACAUCGAACCGGCGUUCUAAAACGCGUGGACGUCCAAGGAAGGCAGCCAAACGAACUUACAAUACGAAGCGUGGACGUGCUGGAAAGGCAGUCAAACGAACUUACAAUACGAGAUCAAGGACAGCAAAACUCCGCAGUGAGCGGUCUUCCGAACAGGUAAGAGGCUUGACAUGUGGACGCACACUGUUGAGAGCAAGAGUAGAAGCACUGGACGGUGAGGGCGGUGGAAGUGACCGUACAUCAAGUCUGAGCGUCGCUGCAGCUGCGACCUGGAGCUACAGGUCGUGAAGUGUACGACACUGCCAGCAGACGCAAACAAGAUUGCAAGGAUUAGACUGGCAAAAAAAGAAUGUCCCUGUUGCCUGUUGUUUUCAGUGUGAAAUAGUGUGACAAUAAAUCUUGCCGCGUGUGCUAUUGCGGCUCUUUGACA